UAUUAAAAGUUUCAAAAUUACCCCUAAGUUUCAAUUUGUUUCAAUUUUAUCCCAAAAGUUUUCGAUUUGCAUCAAUUUUAUCCUUUAAGUUGACGCCGUUUAAAUUACUCACAAACAUUAGUGAUAUGGCAAAGUAUAGUGUGUGAUGUGGCAAGAAAUGUGAAACCCCCAAAAUACCCAUGGCUGAGUUAUACCAAGUAAACCAAUUGGCAUCCUUUUUCAAACAUAACCCGUUUGUCUUCCCUUUGCCAGUAAGGAACAUCGCCAGAGAAACAGAGUCACAGGAGGAAGGUUGGUGGGUGGUUAGACGUCGCACCGUCAACUACAGUCCGCCACAGCGACGUGCAGGACAGCGCAUGUUGUGACGCCGUCGAGACUGAGGGAGGAGUCUGGGAUAGCAUUCAGUCAUCAACCAUUCAAACGUGGAUAGCGCCAUUCUGAUUAAGGUUUCUGACGAGGAUGGAUGAUUUCAGUGUUAGAGUUCAUCACAGGGGUAGGUUUUGUAGUGAUAAGGGAAAAAAUGAGUAUAUUGAUGGUGAGGUGACAACGGUUGAUUGGUGUGACAGAGAUAGAUGGAGUGUUAUAGAAGCUUAUGAUGUGGUUGGAAAACUUGGGUACAUUGCUGAAAACAUUGGGGUACUGUGGUAUAAAGAUACUAAAUUAGGAUUAGAAGGGUUGAAGUUGUUGAAAGGUGAUGAAGAAGCAAUGGAAAUGGCAAAUAUAGGAGUUGAAAAAAAGGUAGUUGAUUUGUAUGUGGUGCAUAAGGCUUCAAUCCCUGAUGAUUUUUGUUACGACAUUGGUUAUUUAGAUGUUGGGGGUGGCAGCAAAGUUGUUGAGGAGGAGUGUGUGGAUGCUGAUAGUGGGCCAAGUGAUAUUAGACAGGCCCAAAAUAUUCAAGCAGAAGCCCAAGGUGGAGGGGUGGAUAUGGAGGCCUAAAUGCAGGGAUUAGUUGAUGCCCAUUUAUCUACUGAAGAAGUGCUACAGAAUAUUGGUGAUGGGGACAAUAGUGAAGAAGAGGAUGACACUGAUGACC